AUGACGGUUAUUGGAGAGACAAUUGCUAUCCUCACCAUGAAAUACUUAUUGCUGGUGCUGCUUACUUUCACCCUAUCCGGACCUGACUCGACCUUGCUUGGGUUCGCUCAGGAGUUUGAAAGCCGAGAUGACAUACUUGAAAAAGAGUUCCUGUAUGCCGGUCGACCCAAACGCUCUGUUGACCCUGCCAGCACGGCCCAAGUGGACAAAUGUUCCUACACCUUCAUUGUUCCUCAGCAGAAGACCACCGGGGCCAUUUGCGUGAACUCUAAAGAGCCAGAAGCCCUGCUGGAGAACCGUGUGAACAAACAGGAACUGGAACUCUUGAACGGAGAGCUUCACAAACAGCGGCAACAGAUCGAGUCGCUCCAACAGCUUGUGGAGGUGGAUGGUGGCAUGGUGAACGAAGUCAAGCUCCUUCGCAAGGAGUCGCGCAACAUGAACGCUCGAGUGACGCAACUCUACAUGCAACUGUUACAUGAGAUCAUCCGCAAGAGGGACAAUGCUCUUGAGGUCUCGCAGUUGGAGAACCGCGUACUAAACCACACAUCAGAGAUGCAGCAGCUAACUGCACGCUAUCGGGACUUGGAGCACAAGUACCAACACUUGGCAUCUCUUGCGAGCAACCAGAGUGCCCUUAUAGUGCAGCUAGAGGAGCACUGUCGAAGAGGUGGCUUUCUUGGUGGUGGUGCACGACCCUACCAGCCCCCUGCAAUCCCAGCGCAACCACCCCAGCCCCCCCAACAUCGCCAGCCACCUCUACCCCCCGUUCCUCAUGCCCCAGCCAGACCUUUCCACCCCCCAACCUACACCCGCCACCACAACCAAAUCACCAACGAAAUCCAGAGUGACCAGAAUGCCAAAGCGAUCCCACCGACUUUACCAACCAUGCCUUCUGGACCCUACAGUUUCUCAACAGAUAAGCCCUCAGGGCCGUUCAAAGACUGCUUGAAGGCUCUAGAGGAAGGGCAUACCAACAGCGGCAUGUAUUUAGUGAAGCCGGAAAAUACCAACAAACUGAUGCAGGUCUGGUGCGACCAGAGACACGACCCUGGCGGCUGGACUGUCAUCCAAAGACGCAUGGACGGAUCGGUCAACUUCUUCAGAAACUGGGAGACAUAUAAGCAAGGAUUUGGGAACAUCGAUGGUGAAUACUGGCUUGGUUUGGAGAACAUCUACUGGAUAACCAACCAAGACAACUAUAAGCUGCUGGUAACUCUUGAGGACUGGUCAGGCAGGAAGACGUUUGCGGAAUAUGCCAGUUUCCGAAUAGAACCCGAGGCGGACUUCUACAAACUGAGGGUGGGCCGUUACAAUGGCAACGCUGGAGAUUCGCUUACCUGGCACAAUGGAAAGCAGUUUACCACCCUGGACAGAGAUCAUGAUGCGUACACAGGAAAUUGUGCCCACUAUCAGAAGGGUGGUUGGUGGUACAAUGCCUGCGCCCACUCUAACCUAAACGGCGUAUGGUACCGUGGUGGUCAUUACCGCAGUCGCUACCAGGACGGAGUUUACUGGGCGGAAUUCCGUGGUGGCUCGUAUUCCUUGAAGAAGGUCACGAUGAUGAUCCGACCAAAUCCCAACACUUUCCAUUAGAACAUCAUGCGGAGAAAGAACUCAAGUCGAACAUGACACAACUCACAAACUGUUGUAAAAAAGUGCAAUUUUUCACUCUUAUGAUUGUUAAUGUUUUGUUUUCGUUAAUGGUUGAUUGUUUACUUUGUUUAUCAGUCUUUUGAAUUCAUAUUAUGCAGUCAUACGUAUCUAAAUCCAAAAAUAUGAAAGUGCAAUGACUUUUCAUUGGAGGAGACACAACCUGCCAUCGAAAGAAAGGUCCCCGUCGAGCAAUUUUAUUUAAUAGAAAAAAUCUUAAAUCUUCAGUCGGAAAAACCUGGCAAUGUGGGUUACACAAUAUGGUGACGUGCAAAAGAAGCGACAACUGUUUCUUCAGUCACACCAGGAUCUACGAUAGACGAUAAACAACAGUGUUGUGUGUGAAAUAUCAUUACAUAUUAUGAUGGUAAACAUCGAAAAUGGGAAUACACGGUAAAGUCCUGUAAAGAUAUGUGACCUAAGUAAUCUCAAAGGGAUAGUUCACCGAAAAGUGAGAUAUGCAAUGACGGAAUUAAAAACAAAUUUUCUUUUGGGGGGUGGGGUGGGGUGGGGUGAACUAUCCCUUUAAAGAGCUUUUACACAGACAGCAAUUUGCAGUGGUAAUGCAACCAGUAAUCCUUAUUUCUCAGUAAGAAAUAGCGACACAAUGUGGCGACAACCAAUGGAUAUUUUAAGCAUAAAAGUUCAAAAGAUUUGGUCAGAUUUCCAUCAUGUCAUUUUACUUCUCAAAUAAAUGUAUAUUGUUUAAAGGAUAUUUACAGGUAGAUAUGUUUUACUGUAAAACAAAUCAAACGGAAAAAGAAACUGAAUUUUGUAGUGUAGCCUCGUUGAAGAAAACACCUUUUUUUUUGUUUUGUUUACAUUAUUUCUUCUUAGAGCACAAUCCGAUAUUUAGCAAUAGAGUUCUUUGAAAAUCUAUACAUCCUCAUUUGAUCCAUUAUCACACUGACUUCACGUUCCAGUCAGGGCCCUGUAAAGUGAACUAUACAGGGUGGUUAGAUUCCAAAUAGUAUGGAGAUACUAUUCUGUAUAUGCUCAGCAAAAGUGCAUUGCAAACAACACAGGGAAGAAGUUUACAGUACAUCAGGAAUUGGAUAGGGAAGUUUACUCAUUCGUUAUUGCGUACAACCUCAGUACUACAUGUCUAUAAGCAAUUGUUUACAUUCUAGGGGAGUGAAUUGGUUGACUGAACACGCAUUUAAUCACAAAUGCAAAGCCUUUGCAACAUCACAAGUGGAAAACAUGUUUGUCUUGUUUUCUACUGUCUACAUGACUGUUUUAGUGCAACAGUUGUUUAACAUUACUAUUUUGUUAUUCAAUUUGUAACAGAGAAAUAAAGAGUGAGAGUGUUUUAAAAUGCAAAGCAUAGCUGUACUGUGUAAUUCCAGAAUCUUCCAAUAAAUUAUGUACAGAUACUGUGGUGCAGAGAUGGGCUCUUUUAUGAUUCACUGCACAAAGCAUGCAAUAACUCAUGAAUGUAAUCCGAAGGAAGUCAUGAACAUAAUAUUUUAUUAUAGCAGGCUUAUGUGUGUUAUUGUGCAUGCGGUUAAGAGUCUAAAGUAUUAAAAGAAUGUUCCGGUUUGAAUACAAGUUAAGAUCUAUGGACACCAGUUUAAAAAAACAAAACAAACAAACAUGCAAAUAAAUGUGUUUACAGUAAUGCACUUAAAUGAAAGGCAUUCAGGGGUGUUUAAAGGGAUAGUUCAUACUAAAAUGAAAAUUCUCUCAUCAUUUACUCACCCU